AUGCCCCCCGUGGCAGCAGGCCUCGUCGUCUUCUUCUUCGCCGUCCUCCUCUCGGCGGCUGCUGGCGGCGAUGCGGCUGUUGUCGAGCACACGUUCGUUGUGAACCAGGUGCGCAUGCGGCAUCAGUGCAACGACACGCUGGUGACGGUGGUGAACGGGCAGUUCCCCGGCCCGGCGGUGGAGGCCACGGAAGGCGACACCGUCGUCGUCCACCUCGUUAACCAGUCACCCUACGGAAUAACAAUCCACUGGCAUGGCGUGAAGCAGCGGCUGACGUGCUGGGCGGACGGAGCCGGUAUGAUAACGCAGUGCCCGAUCCAGCCCAACACGACCUUCACCUACCGGUUCGACGUCACCGGGCAGGAGGGCACCCUGUGGUGGCAUUCCCACGUCUCCGCGCUCCGGGCCACCCUGCACGGCAUCAUCGUCAUCCGCCCCAGGUCCGGCGCCUACCCGUUUCCCAAGCCCGACGUGGAGGUCCCGGUCAUCAUCGGUGAGUGGUGGCAGAGGGACCUCGUCAAGGUGGACCAGAACUUCUCCAUCGGGGGCUCGUUUGAAGAUAACCCCGCCGCCAUCGCCAUCAACGGCAAGCUCGGAGACCUCUACAACUGCUCCGGCGUAGCAGAGGACAACUUCGUGCUGGACGUGGAGCCCGGCAAGACGUACAUGCUGCGGCUGGUGAACGCGGCGCUCUUCUCCGAGUACUACUUCAAGGUCGCCGGGCACAAGCUCACAGUGGUCGGCGCCGACGCCAACUACGUGAGGCCCUUCACCACGGACGUUGUGGCUGUCGCGGCCGGCGAGACCAUUGACGUGCUCAUGGUCGCCGACGCCCGACCCUGCCGGUACUACAUGGCUGCCCUGGCCAACCAGCCGCCAGUGCCUGACCCGCAGAUCCCGGAAUUCGUCUCCAGAGGGGUGGUGCAGUACAAGAACAUCCCCAGCGAUGCGCAAAACUGCACAGAGAAAUCGCCUCUCAUGCCUGCUAUGCCUGACCAGCACGACACGAUCACGACCUUCUACUUCCAUGGAAAUCUCACCGGCCUGCAGCCUGGUGGUAACCCGCUGCUGCCUCAGGUCCGGGAUCGUGUGGACGAGCGGCUGUUCCUCACGCUGGGCAAGGGCUCCAUGUGCACGAACAACAAAACGUCCUGCAAGCGAGGAGGAAACCCGGAGUCCUUCGAGGUGGCCUACAUCAACAACGUGUCCUUCCACCGCCCGGAGACCACGGCGGUGCUCCAAGCGCGAUACUACGGCGGCAAGUUGAACAACAACGGCGUGCCGGUGCAGGACCUGCCCAGCAGGCCGCCAAGGGCGUUCAACUUCACCGACCCGGUGCUCAUACCGGUCGUGCCCGGCGGCAAGAUGGAGGAGCUCGAGCCCACGCGCAAGGCCACCAUGACGCGCCGGUUCGCGCAUAACGCCACCGUGGAGGUGGUCUUCCAGAGCACGGCCACCAUGCAGAGCGACUCCAACCCGAUGCACCUCCACGGCCACGACUUCUUCGUGCUCGCGCAGGGCCACGGCAACUACGACGCCGCCCGGGACGUCAGGAGCUACAACCUCGUGGACCCGCCCAUGAAGAACACCGUGCAGGUGCCGAGGCUCGGGUGGGCCGCCAUCCGCUUCGUCGCCGACAACCCCGGGGCGUGGUUCCUGCACUGCCACUUCGAGUUCCACAUGGCCAUGGGCAUGGCCGCCGUGUUUGAGGUGGACAACGGACCCACGCUCGAGACCACUCUCCCACCACCACCUUCGGAUCUGCCAAAGUGCACGAGAUAG